AUGCGCGUCCGACACACACGCGCUCGACGCCUCCUUAGUGACCGAACUCUUGAAGUACGAAUACCACCUAUUCCUCUGCCUUCUAUCCCUAUCAUAUCUCCCCUCCUCGCUGGCAUUACUGGCAACGGCAACGGCAACAACGGGAAUGGGAAUGGGAAUGGUGGUUCACACCCUGCUCCGAGUCCUGUGACCACCCCAGCACAAACCCCGCCUACGAGCGGCGGGACUACCACUACCGGUGGCUCCACAUCCUCUAGUGGUUCGACCUCGUCUGGCGGAGCGACCAGUGGCGGAAGUACUGGAGGAUCGACCAGCGGUGGAAGUAGUGGGGGAACGACCAGUGGCGGAGGUACCAGUAGCGGAAGUAGUGGGGGAACGACCACUGGAGGAACAACCAGUGGCGGAAGUACCGGAGGUUCAACCCCAGUUAAUGGUUCUCCUGCUGUAGGUGUAUCUACGCCAGGUGGCAGUUCUGAUCCUGCUGGUGGUUCUGCUGGUGGCUCUACUCCAGGUGGCACCUCUUCUCCUGCUGGAGGCUCUUCUCCGGCAGGUACUUCGAACGGCGGGACCCCGAGCUCGGGCGCAGGUUCCACUUCGACUGGUUCAGCGAGCACUUCCGACGGUACUCCAGGCACUGCGGGAUCUGGAACGGGCAGCAGUGAUGGCACUUCCCCGUCUUCCCCAUCUGUGUCAUCCUCCGCUGGUGGAUCAGCCAACGCGGCCAAUCUUCCUGGCGGCGCCUCAGAACGCAAGAGUAUUUCUGCCGUAACAAGCACGAUCACUGACAGUCACGGACACGCCAUUGCCACUACCAUAAUUACCCCAACAGCAUCCGAAAAUCCCAGUUCCUCCUCGGGUUCCCCGACAGACGGUGCUGCAAAAUCAGGGCAUUUAUCUGCAGGCGGUGUCGCCGCCAUUGCAGUCAUCCUCUUCUUGUUCGGCCUUGGCAUUACCGUCAUUCUUCUCAGGAAAAAAUGGGCUGAGCGUCGUCACGAGCGCAGAAACCGGUGGUGGUUCGCCAGGAGACGUACCUCGCAAAACUAUGACGAUGAUAGUAGUGUCGAGUUUGCUGGGGGUAACUCGGCCCGAAGCAGUUUCGCAACUACGGUUGACCACGCUAACAUUCCUAGCUCACACCUCAAUCUCUCCGACGUCAUGCCUCCUGUUCCACCGAUGGCGCAGAUCCGCCACAAUCCGAACGCGCCCGUUCUCGUACUCCAAAGCUCACACUUCAACGAUUUCCCCUUUGAUCAGAGGCGCUUUUCGAUUGGGAGCGCCGAAUCGCAUGUCUCAACCGAUACGCAAUUUCUCGUCGUGCAUCACCGGGAUAGCUUGAAUAUCGAGACGCCCCUGUCAAGCUCUCGUCCCUUUUUAAAUUCGGAAUCCUUUGCAUUUCCCAAGCCACCUUCGGAAGCCGCCACGGGGUCAAGACCGUCGAGUAGUGCUUCGUUGGCAAUGAGAAGCCCCACGCAGAGCAGUGCCUUCUUUCCCUCUUCACCGCGUCCUUCGACUGGUUCCCAUUACCCAACCUCCCCUCCUGCAUCACCGGUUAUCCCACUAUUGACUCCCCCCUCACCUGCUUCCGGAGUCUUCGACCCAUUUUCUGACAAACAUGGCCUCAUCAGCAGUGAUCCUUUUGCAGACCAACACCCCCCUCUUGUUCGCCCAAAUCACUCGGCCUCAGGCGAAUUCUCCGAGAUAGAGAUGAUUCGUCGCCCAUUUGUCCCGACACGGGAGGACGAGGUUGGUGUGGAGCCAAACGAACAAGUUCGUAUUCUGCAAUUGUUCGACGACGGUUGGGCAAAAGUUGAGAAAGUGAAAAGCUUCGAGGCGUCGAAAGGCAAAGAAGUUGAGGGGACCGAGGUUGAGACGGGCUUGAUUCCAAUAGAUUGCUUGAGAGAGCCCGGCGUUGAUUUGCCCACUUUUUUCGUCAAGAAACAAAUCAGUGGUUAUACCUCGCCUACCCAGAGCACCUUUGGGUUCUAAGCUGUUGGAAUGCUAUCCAUAAUUCGGUGCUCAGCUACUCGACGCUCUCUUCAUUCCUGCUUCCCAUCACUCUUGUAAAUUUUUCCAACCACAUCAUAAUACCCUUAUCUAUUCCUUUAUUUCCCUACUUCCUGUACAUUUCUGUUACUGUCCGAUUUUAUUGCCAUUCUCCCAUUUUUUCUUCUUUUCGAGACGGCUUUCGUUGACGGUCCAUUCUUUUUGCCUUUCCGUGGAC